GGGCCUGCGGGCGGCGACUGCGGCGGAAGAUGGCUGCGGCAGAGGCGGCGGACACCCAGCUGAUGCUCGGAGUCGGGCUGAUCGAAAAGGACACAAAUGGAGAAGUUCUGUGGGUGUGGUGUUAUCCUUCCACCACAGCUGUGUUAAGGAAUCUGCUGCUCAGAAAAUGCUGCCUUACAGAUGAACGCAAACUCCUCCAUCCCUUUGUCUUUGGUCAGUACAGAAGAACAUGGUUUUAUAUCACAACAGUUGAAGUUCCAGAUUCUUCAGCUUUGAAAAAGGUGACCCAUUUUUCUAUUGUUCUGACCGCCAAAGAUUUCAACCCAGAGAAAUAUGCCGCUUUCACUAGGAUAUUGUGCAGAAUGUACCUGAAACAUGGGAGCCCAGUUAAAAUGAUGGAGAGUUAUAUUGCAGUUCUUACAAAGGGGAUCUGCCAGAGUGAAGAAAAUGGCUCUUUCCUUAGUAAGGACUUUGAUGCUCGAAAGGCAUACCUUGCAGGCUCCAUCAAAGACAUUGUAGCUCAGUUUGGAAUGGAAACUGUUAUCUUACACACAGCACUGAUGCUAAAAAAACGAAUUGUCGUCUAUCACCCCAAGAUAGAUGCUGUCCAGGAGUUUACCAGGACUUUGCCUGCCCUGGUGUGGCAUCGACAGGAUUGGACCAUCCUGCAUUCUUAUGUGCACCUCAAUGCUGAUGAGCUGGAAGCCCUGCAGAUGUGCUCAGGUUACGUUGCUGGCUUUGUAGACUUGGAGGUGAGCAAUAGACCAGACCUCUACGAUGUGUUCGUGAAUCUGGCAGAUAGUGAGAUCAGCAUUUCUCCACUGGCGAAAGAGGCCAUGACAAUGGGCAAACUGCACAAAGAAAUUGGCCAGCUCAUUGUUCAAUCUGCAGAAGACCCGGAGAAAUCAGACAGCCAGGUCAUACAGGAUAUUGCCCUAAAAACAAAAGAAAUCUUCACCAACCUAGCACCAUUUUCAGAAGUUUCAGGUGAUGGAGGAAAGGUAGUCCUCAAUUUCGAGGCACUAAAGCAAAAACGAUUUCCACCAGCAACAGAAAACUUCCUGUACCACCUCGCAGCAGCCGAACAAAUGCUGAAAACCUGACUGUGAGCCAUACUGUCUUGCUGAUGACCGAUAAAAAAACGCUUAUUCCGAUUAUCCAGUAACUAUGUAAAAUACUGAAAAUUACAGAGGAAAUGUUAUAUUUUUAAUGAUUUAUUUGAAAAUGUUGAGAUUUGACCUGAAAAACCCUAAAACGUGAAAACACUUGUGAUUUUCUCCCAAUUGAUGAAUUCCUGCCUGCUGCCAUGCUAGACAGAGUGCUGUAACCGCUGCGUGGGACAUGAAUCAGCCUCUGACCUGGAGUGAGGGCAAAAGCAAAUCACAGCACACAUGACAGCCUCCAUUACAUGUUCCUCUUUGUCCCUGUAUAGCCAUAAACUAACCGUUUAUUUUCAGAAGGCUGCCUGAAACUUCCCUUUGUACUCUUCUAGGAAGAACUUUAAUUCCUUGUGAGGAACUCUACCUUCUGAGCCAAACUGCUAAGUUUUCUGCAGAACUGUCUGGAAGAUCAUUCAUGAGACCCUGCAGUUGCACUUUCUUGUAAAAG